CUAACCUUCGCGGACAAGGAAUGGUGGAUGACAAAGCAGUGUGCCGGGAAACCUUAGCUUGUCCGAUGGAUUCCGCCUAAACUCUGUUUCUUCAUUCUUUCUCUGAGUGGCAGGAUGUGACCGCUUCGUCUGUCACUGUAGUCUUGGAAAGUAGCGUACGACGUAUACUCGAGAAAUAGAACGCUGGUAGAGAGGGAGAGAGGGCACGGACCAGUUAUGGGCAGCUGUGGCGUGAAUGGUCGGUAAAAUCCUAAAUAGUCCAUCCUCACGCCUCCGUCUCGCAAAUCUACCAUGUAGUUAGCAAGCAUUCUUCCAAGAAAUGUCUGCCAAUCAGCAGAUCAACUCCCCAUCAGGCGCCGCCAGUCCAAAUGGCAACCAACAGUCGUCCCCAACAACCUGGACUGAACCGCCCUGGUCGGGGUGGAUAGAGACAACUGGCGAUGCCCUGCUCAUCCUCGAGGCCGCCAGAAGGGGCCUUAUACCUAGAGUCACUCGUCGGCUCGUCGACUCUGAACGGAAAAUGAUUACGUCUGGCUCGGUCUUCGUCUUCGACGAGGAUGAAAGUGGAAUCAAGCGCUGGACGGAUGGCUUCUUCUGGAGUCCUUCUCGCAUACUGGGCAACUUCCUGCUCUACCGCGAGACAGACAAACGUGGCGCAGGGCACAGAGGUGCACGCUCAGACCCCGCUGAUGACCACCACCCGUACAACGAUGGCUCGCGACUUGACAAUCACUCUCUCAGCCGGCCGAAGGGUGAGGCAAGCUCAACUGGUUUGGACAGGCAUCGCGAACGUGUGCUCGUCGGGAGCCUGACGAACAGCUAUAAAUUCAAAAGCGACGGCCUCAUGAAGAAAACAUUCUCUCUCACCAUAGGUGGUGUUGCACAACACCUGAUUUCGUACUACAGGGUAGAGGAUGUCGAACAGGGCCGUCUGCGCUCCCCAUCGUCGUUACCCGAAUUGGCUUCGCUCGACAUCAGCGCAGAGUAUCUCGACAAAACCCAUUUUCGCAAUCCUCCCAAGGUGGAGAUUGGUGUCGACGGCGUCCCACGAUACCGCGGUGAAGCGGACGACAUCGAUCCCUCGCCCUCACUCCUCGCAGCCCCACUGUCAACUGGCCUGCCACUACUCACAGACGGCCGAGUCUCAGAUGGUAACAAGCGCGGUCGCUACAAUCCAUACGGUGGCAACAACUCGAAGCGACGGAGCAAGGGAGGAAAGGGAGGGAGCGGAAGCCAAUCCAAUUCGCCCACAGACAACCAAGCCGUCGGACUGUCCUUGCCCUCCCCGUCUACUCCUUCUACUCCUCACCAUUCCCAAGGACGCUCCGCACCCGCAUCUGCUGCUUAUUCCGAACAAGACCAGCCUCCUAACGUGGGUGCCACCAGUGCUGUAAGCGCUCCGCCUCCUCCACCUCCCCAUUACGCCCCCUAUCCUGUGGGAUACUACGGUGCACCAGGGUACGCACCGCUUCCACACCCGCCUUUCUAUCCAGGCUCACCACAUCCUAGCGUGCCUGGCGUCCCACACCCGCAACAGCUUCCUUCACCUUCAGUAUCUGCUCCGGUACCGCCAUAUGGGUACCCUCCCUCCGGCUCUGGACCUGCGUAUGGCACCACGCCCCAACCGCCAUCCGACCCACAACAGGCCGCGGUCUCUCCCCCCCAGCCGUACUAUCCGUACUAUCUCCCGCCACACCCCUCGCACCACCACCCCCAGCCGCAUUCACACCCACACUACGGUGGGUACCCCGCAGCAUCAUGGCACGUAUACAAUGGCUAUCCGAGUCACGCGGGCCAUGCCCCUGUUCCGCCCGCGACUACCAUGUCGAGUUCAGCAGCCUCUAUUGCGGAGUUGCCAGAUAAAGAUGGGGGCACGCCUUCGUCUGUUGAAGUGGGUAUAGACGGGGACAGUGCGUGACAGGACGCCCGUCAAGAUACUUAGUGUGGCAUGGCAACGAGGAUUUUUCCACAGGGUUCGUUGUAUUCGUUCAACGUUUCGCAUUUUCUCGUUUAUAGCUUAGUCGAUGUGUUCAUAUACUUUUCUUUACCCAUGUUUCGAUAUUCGAUAUGCUGUUUCUCCGCUUUCGAUACACUACAUAUCUCUGGAACUGGAACUGCACUGGAUGGGUUGAAUAAGAAUCUGGUCGGUGCCUUGUCGACUGACAACGAUAUGACAAAAGACCUAGUACGGAUUGUAACAGGUGUCCGUUGCGGGGGUCGUCGCUGGGUCCCCACUAGAAAUCUCUUUCCCGAAUCUUAGUUGGGAGGCACUGAACUCAAUCACAUCAACUAGGGGUUGGGGAAUAUGGUCA